GCAAAACACGCCUGCUAAUUUGCCCGAUCGCCUUGAACCCUAGCCUCUCCGCCCCCACGUUCGCCCCCCGCGUUCCCCAACCCUCAUCCGGCCGCGCCCGCGCCCCACGCCUGAUUCGGACCCGGGACGACCCGAAGGUCGCCGGUGAGGAGCGCAGGCGCGCCGGAGCGCCCGGAUCCGGUGGAAGCGCGGCGGAUUUUGGCGGCUCGCCCGUCCCGGCGGCCCCCGGCGGGGUUAUGAAGGCGGCGGGAUACAGCCUCUAUGAUAGUAGUGGGACUGAUGAUGAUCUUCCCCCGGCACAAAAUAGAGGACUAAGAGGGCGAUCGUUCAGUGCGAAUGGUCGAGCAUCUGCUGGGGCUUUUCCUUACAUGAGGGCAAAUAAUGAUUUGGAGACCGAAAUACAUCGGGUUGAGCAAGAUGCAUAUACUGGUGUUCUUAGAGCAUUCAAAGUGCAAUCCGAUGCAAUAUCAUGGGAAAAAGAGAGUUUGAUUACUGAACUCAGGAAAGAACUGAGAGUUUCUGAUGAGGAGCAUAGGGAGCUAUUAAAUAGAGUCAAUGAAGAUGGGGCCAUCCGUCGAAUGAGGGAGUUAAGGCAGGCUGGUGGAACCCCAAGUGCUCUGCAUCGUGGUAGCAGGGCUCUAUAUGAUGCAGAACCUGGGCCCACUGCCAAGAGACAAAGGACAUCUCAUUCGAUUCCUUCGCAAUCUGCAGGCCUCCAGUCCCCUGUGAUGCCUUCCCACUCCGUACCAUCUGCAAAAUGGGGCCCACUAUCUGCAAGAGGCAAGAAGCCAAAGACGCCCAUGCCAUUGGCACUACCAUCUGCGGAUCCAAGCUCAUUAAUAAAUCACAAAGUUUAUACAAGGUGGCCAGAAGACAACAACUUCUAUGAGGCCACCAUAACCCGUUAUAACCCCGUGACGGGUGAGCACGCACUCGUUUAUGAUAUUGGCACACAAGCUGAGACUUGGGAAAUGGUCAGGCUUUGUGAUAUGCCACCUGAAGAUAUAAGAUGGGAAUUUGAUGGUCAUCUUUCAAAUCGAGAUGGUUGGGGCUCUUCUGGCCCUAUGUUGACUAGGCACCUCAGCAGCAAUGGUGCUAUGGCAGGCCCGAUCAGGGGGAGAGGCAGGUUAUCAAUAAAUGAGCCUAUGAAGGACUACGCUCCACCUCAAAAUGGGAUCAAUAGGAAUUUCGAUAACAUUGACAUUCCAAACACUGAAAAUGUUGUGACAGAGGUGGAGAGGGUAUUGUCCAAUCCGAAUAUUCGUGAAAUUGAAAAUGCAAGGAAACUGCUGAAAGAUCAAGAGCAGUCACUACUGGAUGCAAUUGCCAGACUUGAUGAAGCAUCGGAUAGUGAAAGUGAAGAUAUGGCCACGGAAGGCCGAACAGGUCCUGCUGGAGAGGGCAAUGGAAUUGCUACUUAGUUGUUGCUGGCAUGUUGUUGAAAUUGUAAGAUUAACAUGCCUUUUGGACCACCUGCCUCAAACACUGGACAAAGAAACCAUGUUAUAGCAAACUGGGUUGCCGAAAAAGGGCGUAUUGGAAACAGUUGCCAGUUGGUGCUGAAAUGGGAUUCUUUGGUUACUCCUACAAGGGGUAGGGAGACGAUGAAAAAAAAGCUGUUUGGGUGCCAUCUCUUCUGGUGAUUAUGGCGGUGGUAAUUUCAAUGUGACUGAAGUAACUUAAUACUCUAGAAAUGAUGAUUAACAUGAAUCACCUCAAGAUGUCUAACCCUAGCGUAAUAUCCACCGUGUUAUGUCUCAGAUGUACAUUGGAUUUUGUCUUUGUUGUGAUUUUAGUGAACAGGCAAAGUUGGCUGUUAUUGUAUUCUAAUGUGAAAAGACCUUUUCAUGUUCUGUGGAGCAGUAACGUUGACUGCUUUUCAUGUUC